GUCCGUUUUCUCCGGAAAUCUGUUGAGAUACACCACUAUUCGUUCUUUGCAUUUUGUACCAAAAAAAUGCUUCGGCAGCUUUUUCUCCCAUCAAAAAUCCAUGGAAAUCGCCCAUUUUUUCUCCUUUCAUUUCCCCCUUCCAUAUAAACAAUCAAAUCCCGUAAGAUUCCUGUUCCAACAAAUAAUCAUCGAAUGAAACAGCAAUCUGGAAACAAGAAAAUUAGAGCAAGAUGAUGCCCAUGCUUCCAUUUUCACCAUCACCAUCAGUGAUAUCAGCUUAUGCUCGAGUCGAUAAAGCCACCAGCGAAUUCUUAAAUUGUCCUGAUUGGCGGAUCAAUAUCGGAAUAUGUGACACAAUCAAUUCUAGACAAUGGCUUGCAAAAGACUACAUUAAAGCUCUUAGAACUAGAUUACAACACAAGAAUCCAAAUGUUCAGCUACUCUCCUUAACGUUGUUGGAAACAUUGGUGAAGAACUGUAGUGAAAACAUUCAUGGACAAAUGGCUGAGAGGAAAAUACUUCAUGAGAUGAUCAAAAUUGUUAAGAAAAAGGCGCAUAUGCGUGUAAGGGAGAAAAUCUUGGUGCUGAUAGACACUUGGCAAGAAGCAUUUACAGGUCGUGGAGGAAAAACCGCUCAAUAUCUCCAUGCUUAUGAGGAACUAAGGCGUUAUGGUGUUGAUUUUCCCCGAAGAUCAUCAAAUUCGGUUCCUAUUAUUACACCUCCAAUUAGCCAUGGACAUUCUCAAGCUAGUUCCUCAUCAAGACAUGAUCCCACAGCUUCCUCAAGCGAGACUUUGAGUUUCUCGACUUUGGAUGCUAUGAGGAGUGUUAUGGAUGUUUUAUCAGAAAUGUUGCAAGCAGUUGACCCAAAAGAUCGUAUGGCUGUAAAAGAUGAAGUAAUCGUUGAUCUUAUUGAUCAAUGUCGAUCAAACCAGAAGAAACUCGGACAAAUGUUAGCUUCUACAACCGAUGAGGAGCUUCUCCGGCAAGGUCUUCAAUUCAACGAUAUGUUGCAACAGACUGUUGAGAAACAUGAUGCUAUUGCAUCGGGUUCCCCGAUUCCUGUAAAUCAUCCACCUGAUUCAAACAAUUCUCGUAUGAAACAAGUGGAAAACACAGAAGUAAAUUCGAAUCCAAUAGUUCAUGGUGAAAUAGAGGAAGAGGGAAACGAUUCUGCUUCGAUGGCUACCAGGCAUAAUGGAACUCAAAACGAAGAAAAACCUGUGGCGGAUCCACCAUUGACUAUGGCUAUGGUUCUCUCCGAUCCUCCACCACCACCACCGGCGCAUAAAAAGAGUUCGGAAGACAUGAUCGAUUUUUUGAGCAUCACGUUGUCAACGGCGAGUACUUCUCCGUCAAACGUCGGCCAAAUGCCUCCGGAUUCACCCGUUCUGGAAAACCAAACACAAGUGCCGUCGAGCAGCUAUGUCGUGCCAUGGGCGGCGACUCAAGGUCAACCGGAAUUUGACGCACAAGUACCCACUUUUCAGGCGGCUCAACAGCAAUCGGACUACAUUUCUCCACCGUGGGCGCCGACUCCUGGUUACUAUUGCAAUCCAUAUUCUCCCACCACGUGUUCAGGUGUACGAUCGGCGUCGUAUUACAACACUAGUCCUACUGGUUCUAGUCCGGGUUCGGGUUUAAACCAGUAUAUUCCUUCGUAUCGACUUUUUGAAGAUCUUAAUGUGCUUGGAAACGUGAGAACAACCGGCGCGCCGGGGACUUCUGGGCCGAGUAUGGUCAGGAAGUGAAAUGUCCGAAAAAAACUCCGUUAACUUCUGAUUCAACUUCGAUCUUUUAUAGUAGUGAGCAAAAAUUAUUUUUGAUUUUAAUAAGUAUGAUUAUGUAUAUGC